UUAAAGCGCGCACAGUUCCACCCGGCGGUGCUGUGAAAUUAGAGGUCAUACCAUUUCAACAAAAAGAGAAAACAGCACAGGAAGCGAGAAUGUCCGGAGAAUUGUCCCUCGAUAUUAACAUUAAGGAGCCACGAUGGGACCAGGGCACGUUCAUGGGGCGCGCCCAACACUUCUUCAUGGUCACAGAUCCUCGGAAUGUUCUGCUGUCGUCGGAGACUCUGGAGGAGGCCAGGGUUAUUGUGGAGAAUUAUAGAGCUGGGAUUGUGAGACCAGGUCUGACAGAGGAUGAGCUCUGGAGGGCCAAGUAUGUGUACGACUCUGCCUUCCACCCGGACACAGGGGAGAAGAUGUUUGUGAUUGGUCGGAUGUCUGCUCAGGUGCCCAUGAAUAUGACCAUCACAGGCUGUAUGCUCACCUUUUACAGGACUACUCCAGCUGUUGUCUUCUGGCAGUGGGUUAACCAGUCUUUCAACGCCGUUGUCAACUACACCAACCGCAGUGGAGACGCACCCAUCACUGUGAAUCAGCUGGGUGCAGCUUAUGUGAGUGCUACGACUGGAGCUGUGGUCACUGCGCUGAGCCUGAAGGCCUUGGCCUCGCGUCUCCCGCCUAUUGUUAGCCGCUUCGUUCCUUUUGCUGCUGUGGCGGCUGCUAACUGCAUCAACAUCCCUUUCAUGAGACAAAGGGAGUUGAAGUUUGGUAUCCCUGUGACAGAUGAGAAUGGAAACAGGUUAGGAGAGUCCGCAAAUGCUGCCCAGCAGGCCAUCGCUCAGGUGGUAGUGUCAAGGAUUGGAAUGGCUGUUCCAGCCAUGGCCAUCCCUCCAGUUAUUAUGAAUGCACUUGAAAAGAGGGCUUUCAUGAAGCGCUUCCCAGUACUGAAUGCGCCUGUACAAGUUGCACUUGUUGGUCUGUGCCUAGUCUUUGCUACUCCUCUGUGCUGCGCCCUGUUCCCACAGAAAAGUUCAAUGAGUGUGACCGGACUGGAGAAGGAGCUACAGGAGAGGAUACGAGAGACCAGCCCCGGAACCACCCGAGUCUACUUCAACAAGGGCCUGUAGAA